AUGUCAAAUAUGAGCAGUUCGUUCGAAGAAAGUUCCCGCAGUGAGCCCAUUCCCCUCGUACCUUUCGUCACGGUGUUGGGUUUCAUCAGCCUCGCUUCAGUGUUGGGCAACUGUCUCGUAUGUUUAGCCAUGUAUCAGCAACCACGUCUUCGUACCGUCAUGCACUACUCUAUGCUAAGUCUAGGUAAGUCUUGGGAAAUGAACUCCAUAUAUAUCUGGAGCGUGAACUGUUUUCCGGUUUUAUCACAAUCUGACAUCCAUGUUGACGAAAGCGUCAAAUUUCUGUCUCCCCCCCCCCACCUAAUAGACAAUUCCCAUGAUAGACUAAUUUUUUAUCUUGACAAAAAAAGUAUAUUUCCGGAAAGAGCAUACUAAAAUGAGUAAAAUGCAAUGUUUGGUUGCGAUAUGUUGUAAAAUGCGGAAAAUAUAACCUUGCAAAAGUUGCAAAGUUUGUAUACUUUUGUAUUGCGUGCGGAAAUUGCCCAAAUGUGGUAGGAAUUUCCUCACGCAAUACAAAAGCAUACCAAAUUUGCAAACAUUGCCAAGGCUAUAUUUUCCGCAUUUUACAACAUUUCGCAACCAAACUUUGCAGUUUUACUCAUUUCUAGCUGUUGUGAUUUAUGGGUAUUGUCCUCUGGGUAUUGUCUAUCGUGUUCUCGGCCUAUACGCCUAUGGUGGAUCAAAAAUUUUCACAACUAUUUUUUUCAUUAUCUAGCAAUUGCAGACCUUCUAUGUGGUGCUAUCGCGAUGCCGGCUUACAUUGCGAAGAAAAUCGUCGAUGGUGAAGACGGAGAGGGGGUCGUUUGUGACAUAUUUCGCUUUACAUACUUUUUCACCGAAUACGCAUCCGUCUCAAGUCUGGUCCUAGUUAGCCUGGAAAGAAUGUUCGCGCUUAAAUACCCUCUACAGAGCGUGAAUCCGAGUUUUGGACACAAAAUCAUCUUCUUCUUAAUUUUGGCCUGGGUAGACGCGCUCAUAGUUGCGCUGUUGCCGUUUAUCCCGUGGGAUCCCAGCGCCGGGGGUCCUUGUUUGUAUAGGCCCACCAAAUGGUGGAGUCUUAUGGUUAUUCAUAAGAAUGUCGUCAUUCCGCUACUAAUAGUAGUGAUAUGUUACUCGUACAUCUACAGGAUCGCAAUGUCACAUGUGAAGACAAUACAAAAAGAAAAUCGCCCCGGAGUUAACAUGAAAAGUCGCCUACAGCAGUGGAAACAGCGAAGAAAAGCUACAACGACAUUGCUUAUAGUCGUCGGGAUUUUCAUGGCGUGCUGGCUGCCUUCGACUAUCUAUUACUACGUGCAAAACGUUUGCGAAUAUUGUUUUGAAUCGUUUGUCGGAGAACAGAAGCAAAUUUUCAACGCGAUCGUGAAGAUUAUGACGUUCGUCAAUUCCAUGACAAAUCCGCUCAUCUAUUGGUAUCGCAGUAAAGAGUUCAAGCACGCAUUUCAACGAAUGUUCCUGGGUCGGCUGUCUUGCUCGCAGGCUCACCAACGCGGCAGAAUUCAUUCCGAGACUAAUCUGUCCAAUCAAGCGACGUUUUAUAAAUCUGAGACUUGA